AUGUAUUACACUACUAGACUUUCUAAAACUGGUCGUCACGGUAUCAGUUAUGGUAAACCUAACUCAGGUAGAAAUGAUGGUGCACUAAGUAAGUCCAAAUGUUGUAAAGAGAAAACAAUAUUGCAUCCGAUUUUGAAGGUAGUGGAAGAAAAACAGGCACCUAUUAAGGAAGAACCGUAUGAUAAUGAAAGCGAAGAUGAGUUUCCUGCAUACGAACUACUACAUCAAUACGAUUUCGAUUAUACGGCUAUUGAAAAUGAUAAUAAGAAAGGUAAAACAGGAAAAGAUGAGAAUCUAAAAGAUUAUGUGAAGGAACAUGAGGAAAGAGGAGAAGAUGAUGACAGUGAGGAAGAAGAACUUUUAACGGAUUAUGGUUCAAACGCAGGAUCAAACAUCACAGAAAGUGGAAUUAUAUCUGAUGAUUAUGAUCAAAGAGGUAGAAUAAAAUCAAUAGCAGGCAUUUCAAGAGAAGAAAUAAUAGAUAAAGACAUCUUAAUGAUAGAACGCUCCACAUUAUUUCCAGAAUUUGAUAUAAUACCUGCAGUUGAAAUAAGUGAAUCUCAAGAGAGAAUUAUAAAAGACAAUUUAAAGACUAUGGAUGAAUAUCGAAAUUAUUUAUCUUAUAGUGCAAAUAUGAAUAGGAUUUUACCAGCACGUGGUUUAAUGCCUCAGAGCACUUAUGAAAAAUCAAGUAUUGAAAGUAUUGAUUCGGAUGUGGAAGUAAACGUUGUCGAACAUGAAAUUUCCAGUACCGGAUGUUGCGGAAGGAAAAAACGACGCAGAAAGGAAAGUAGUGUGCUAUAAUUGAAGGACACAAAAGAAGAAUAAACAAUAUGGAUAUAUUCUAAAUUGAUUUAAACAUGUAGUUACUGGCAAAAUAUAUCUAUUCCGAAUAAAAUUAUAUCCAGAA